AUGACCCGCAAAAUUCUCUGCGUGGCAGAGAAGCCUGCGAUUGCACGCGCUGUGGCCACGCAUAUGUCAGGCGGCUCUUUUCAAACUCAUGCAAUCAGAGGCAAUCAAUAUGUCAAGAACUAUGAGUUCGACUUUAACUUUGGUGGCUCUUGGGGGAACUGCUCCGUCACGAUGACUAGCGUGAUCGGGCAUCUCACCGGCCUGGAUUUCGAUCGGCAAUACAAGGGCUGGAUGUCCUGUCCACCUGGAGCUUUGUUCGAGGCCCCAGUCCAAGAAGAUGUGGAUAAGGACAAAAAGCCCAUUGCGGAGAACAUUCGGAACCAGGCCAGAUACAGUAAAGCACUGUUCAUCUGGACCGAUUGUGAUCGAGAAGGCGAGCACAUUGGUGCCGAAGUUCGGAAUCAGGCAAAGGCUGGAAAUUCUCGAAUUGAAGUCAAGCGAGCCAGGUUCAGCAACACGGAAAGAGCCCAUGUUCUUCAAGCAGCUCGAGAGCCGGUUGAACUCGACGAGUUCCAGGCAAAUGCAGUUGCCGCGAGAAUUGAGCUUGAUUUACGAAUCGGCGCUGCCUUCACUCGUUUGCAGACGCUUCAGCUUCAGGCCGUGUCAGCCGUGCUGAAGGAAAAGGUCAUCAGCUAUGGGUCAUGCCAAUUCCCAACAUUAGGUUUUGUGGUCGAUCGGUAUCUCAGAGUUCAGAACUUCAAACCCGAGACCUUUUGGGGUAUCAAGGUCAUGCUUCAGCGGGAAGGCAAAAAAGUCAAUUUCCUCUGGAAUCGUGUUCAUCUCUUUGAUCGCGCAGUUGUCACAAUGAUGCUUGAACGGUGCCUCAUGGCCAAGCAAGCGAAAGUUACGAAAGUGAACCAGAAACCGAAAAGCAAAUGGCGGCCUCUUCCUUUGACAACGGUGGAUCUCCAGAUGAUGGGUAGUCGUUUCCUUCGCCUGGACAGUCAGACUAUCAUGAAGGUCGCCGAGGCACUUUACACAAAGGGAUACAUCAGCUAUCCCCGUACCGAGACAGACCAAUUCGACAAGGCCAUUGAUCUGAAGAAGCUAGUUGAGAAACAGUUUCCAGAUAAUCAAUGGGGUCAAUACGCAAAAGACCUUAUUGAUGGCAAAUUCCGGACUCCUCGAUCUGGCCGUCACAACGACAAAGCCCAUCCUCCCAUUCAUCCAGUGUGUUGGGUAUCACCCAGUCAAUUAAACGCCAAUGAGAAAAAUGUCUACGAAUUUGUGGUCCGCCGGUUCCUCGCUUGUUGCUCAGACGACGCCAAAGGCCAAGGCACUGACAUUGAGAUUCAAUACGGAGAAGAGUUCUUCCAUGCGAGUGGCUUGAUUGUUUUGGAGAGGAACUAUCUCGAUGUCUAUGUCUACGACAAAUGGGAAAGCAGCCAACAGCUUCCCAAUUUCGAGAAAGGAGAACUCUUCGAACCCACAGAGGCCAACAUCUCCGAAGGGAAAACUACGGCCCCAAGUUACUUGACUGAACCGGAGCUCAUCGGUCUCAUGGAUGCCAAUGGCAUUGGUACCGACGCCACAAUGGCAGAACAUAUUGCUAAAAUCAAAGAACGUGAAUAUGUUGUGGUCCACUCUCGCGGCAGUGGCAGGAGCAAAGUCGAGGAGCUAAUCCCCACCCGGCUAGGCAUUGCUCUUGUGGAGGGAUACGAUAAUGUCGUUGCGGGUCUUCCAAACAGCAUCUCUCUUAGCAAGCCAUUCCUUCGUAAAGAAAUGGAACUGCGAAUGGUCGAGAUCUGCGCAGGCUCUAAAACUCGCCAGGAAGUAGUGCAGCAGAGUCUGGAUAUGUACCGGGAAGUCUUUAUUCAUACUCAACGGCGUAUCGAGAUGCUUAAAGCGGCGUGCCGGAAGUACCUUAACGAACAACCUACAUCAUGA